CCCAGAACCGCGCACGCGCUCUUCCGUUUGUUGUGUCCCGCGCACGCGCAGUGAGAAGUCGCGGCAAAUAUGGCGGGUCCAGCGCCGGGUACGAUUAUGGGAGAAGACUACUUCGGGAAUGCGCCGGAGUGGGGCGAAGAGGCGGACGGCGGCCAGCAUCAGGAAGACGACUCCGGAGAAGGGGAGGACGAUGCUGAGGUGCAGCAGGAGUGCCUGCAUAAGUUCUCCACCCGGGACUAUAUCAUGGAGCCCUCCAUCUUCAACACUCUGAAGAGGUAUUUCCAGGCAGGAGGGUCUCCAGAAAAUGUCAUCCAGCUCUUAUCUGAGAACUAUACAGCGGUGGCGCAGACUGUGAACCUGCUGGCCGAGUGGCUCAUUCAGACAGGUGUUGAGCCAGUGCAGGUACAGGAGACUGUGGAAAACCACUUGAAGAGUUUGCUGAUCAAGCACUUUGACCCUCGGAAAGCAGAUUCUAUUUUCACUGAAGAAGGAGAGACCCCAGCUUGGCUUGAGCAGAUGAUCGCACACACAACAUGGAGAGAUCUCUUUUAUAAGCUGGCGGAGGCCCAUCCUGACUGUCUGAUGCUCAACUUCACCGUGAAGCUCAUUUCUGAUGCGGGGUACCAAGGGGAGAUCACCAGCGUGUCCACGGCUUGCCAGCAGUUGGAAGUGUUCUCCAGGGUGCUUCGGACCUCUCUAGCCACAAUCUUGGAUGGAGGAGAAGAAAACCUUGAGAAAAAUCUCCCCGAGUUUGCAAAGAUGGUGUGCCAUGGGGAGCACACGUACCUGUUUGCACAGGCCAUGAUGUCCGUGCUGGCCCAGGAGGAACAGGGCGGUUCUGCAGUGCGCAGGGUUGCUCAAGAAGUCCAGCGCUUCGCUCAGGAGAAAGGCCAUGAUGCCAGUCAGAUCACACUGGCCUUGGGCACAGCGGCUUCCUAUCCCCGUGCCUGCCAGGCGCUUGGCGCCAUGCUGUCCAGAGGAGCCCUGAAUCCUGCAGACAUCACUGUCUUGUUCAAGAUGUUCACCAGCAUGGACCCUCCUCCUGUGGAACUCAUCCGGGUGCCAGCCUUCCUGGACCUGUUCAUGCAGUCGCUCUUCAAGCCAGGGGCCAAGAUCAACCAGGAUCACAAGCACAAGUACAUCCACAUCCUGGCUUAUGCUGCCAGUGUGGUUGAGACCUGGAAGAAGAACAAGCGGGUUAGCAUUGGCAAAGAUGAGCUCAAGUCCACGUCCAAGGCUAUAGAAACCGUCCACAAUCUGUGCUGCAAUGAGAACAAAGGGGCCUCUGAGCUGGUGGCUGAGCUGAGCACGCUUUAUCAGUGCAUUAGGUUUCCAGUGGUGGCGAUGGGUGUGCUCAAGUGGGUAGACUGGACUGUGUCAGAGCCAAGGUACUUCCAGCUACAGACCGAUCACACGCCAGUUCACCUGGCCUUGUUGGAUGAGAUCAGCACCUGCCACCAGCUCCUGCACCCCCAGGUUCUGCAGCUGCUUGUUAAGCUUUUUGAGACCGAGCACUCCCAGCUAGACGUGAUGGAGCAGCUCGAGUUGAAAAAGACCCUGCUGGACAGGAUGGUGCACCUGCUGAGCCGCGGCUACGUCCUGCCUGUGGUCAGUUAUAUCCGCAAAUGUCUGGAGAAGCUGGACACUGACAUCUCACUCAUCCGAUACUUUGUCACUGAGGUUCUGGAUGUCAUCGCUCCUCCAUACACCUCAGACUUUGUGCAACUUUUCCUCCCCAUCUUGGAAAAUGACAGCAUCGCGGGCACAAUCAAGGCAGAGGGCGAACAUGAUCCCGUGACGGAGUUCAUUGCUCACUGCAAGUCUAACUUUAUCGUGGUGAACUGAGAGCAUCUGUAACUGAAGCCGAACCUUCCAUGCCAGCCGGGGGCUGGGGGACCAGUUCCGUGCCAGCCGGAGGCUGGGGGGCCAGAGGACUGGUUCAGAAAGCUGCUCUGUGAAGAGGCUCCGUGCCAGCCUCCUGGAAGCAGGGCCUGCUGGGAAAGAGCAGGCAGCUUCUCUCAAAGGUAGCUUCUGUGGUAGACAGCCCCUCUGUAUUACGGUGUGGCUCUAUGCUACAUGUCACAUGCUAGUUAUGUGCGUGCCACCUCUGGAGAGGAACCCAGUGGGCCUCUGGGUAGUGGGAAUCCAGCAGCUGGGACGCUCCCAUGAAGGGUUUGUGUAAGUUCCCUUCCUAUGACCCAGACAGUCGGUUAUUUUAUUGCUUAAGCUUCCAAGUGUGUGUCCUUGUAUGCUAUCCUCAUGUAAAUAAAAUAUACAAGCAUGGU